AUGGUAGAUCAAAUCAACAAUAUUGUAUUGCCCAUACUUCCUGGAAACACUCUGACAUCUAUUGCCCAUGAUAUGACUAAAGAUCUAAGUCAACAGCCACAUUAUGAAGACUACCUUUCUACAUUAACACCUAACGGUAUGCCUCCGCAUUCUUUACAUCUUAAAAAAAAGGAGCGCCCAUUAUGCUACUACGAAACCUCAACCCAUCAAAUGGUUUAUCAAAUGGAAACCCGUUUGAUAUGCAAAACCAUUUCACGAAACAUCCUCGAAGCUAAAAUUAUUAUAGGCCCUUGCUCUGGUCAGACAUGUCUCAUUCCUCGUAUCCCCUUAGAACCCAAGAACGUGAAGCCGGCCGGAAUAGAUUUUACGAGGACACAGUUCCUAAUAAAGCUGUGUUUUGCCAUGACCAUUAACAAAUCACAGGGGCAAACGUUGGAUCGUGUAGGCGUCUACCUGCCGGACCCUGUAUUCAUGCAUGGGAUGUUGUACGUGGCCUUCUCACGCGCCAAAUCAUUCAGAUCCUUACAUAUAGUUGUCCAGUCAUUAGUGUUGUCCGGCACAGUUGUUGAGUGGACAAAGAACAUUACCUACUCGGAACUUCUUUGUCUGGCCGGCAUCAGCCUGUAG